AUGGCCGAGGUUCGAGCAGAAAUGUGCAAGAGAGCGAUUCCAGGGGAGUGGUUGUGCGUGGACGGACGCUGGCCUCAUCCACGUGAAGCUGAAUGGUACACUGUUUCCUUCAUUGACCCAAUCACCCGCAAAAUAGCCCUUGUGGUGACAAAGUGGAAGGCGGUAGAGAAGGUUUCUUCAACAGCUUUGGAGCUGCGUGCUUUCGAAGACGGACUUAACCAGUUACGGGCGAUGGGUUUCCAGGUCAAGGGGAUCAUUUCUGAUGACGGGGGAUCAUUCAAGACAGGGAUCGAGGGAUUAGGAAUUGCUCACCAGAAGGACGUGUGGCAUAAGGGCCGAGCAUUGGCACGUAAGUUCAUCAAAGAUUUGAUUGAUGCAAAGCGCCCUGCAAUGAAGGUCGCAGCUGCCACUUGCACUGGCGAUCUGUGGUUGUGUUCAAGAGUGGUGCUCUUCACAUGGCUGAAAGAGCACGGUACCCCAAAAGAAGGUUUGAGCACAGCUUCUGGGAAAGCAGAUCUCAUCGAAGGCGUGUGUGAAAAGCUUGGCAAGUUUGUGUAUGAUCCACAAGCAGUCCCGACGUCUAUUUGGUUGUACCCUGAGUUGCGGAAAGUUUUGCGUGUUAGGGAGAACGGGGCAGCAACACGAGCUCCCGUAACCAAGCGCCUGAAGAUCGUCCACGGAGGCGCCGCAGAGCACACCCCGUUGGGUUGUGGGGAGGGGAACAACGCCGGGAAUGUGGAAGUACCAAUUCUGGUGUCCAAUGAUGAGAACGUCCAGCGGCACCAGCUUGGUGUCGUUUCCAUAAAUGUCUCUGGAAGUGACCCCCUACGGAUCUCUGGGCACGUGCCAGUUGAAAUCACCAAUGGCGUGGGGUCCGCACCUGAACGUGCAGGCGUGGGGUCCGCACCUGAACGUGUAGGCGUGGGGUCCGCACCUGAAUGUGCAGGCGUGGGGUCCGCACCUGAACGUGCAGGCGUAGAGAGGUCGAGACAGGGUGCUGUGGAGAACUUGCAUGGCACGAUGGGUGUUGCACAUGGCGUGAUUGACAUUGGAUGGAAUGAUGCACCUGAACUGUGGGAAUUUGACCCACACCCUAUCCAUGGUGUUCCAACAACUGCCGAAGCUGACUAUGUGCGCAUGACAGCUGACACAAUGGUGUCUCAAGUGGAUGACGAUGGGAUUUUGACCGACCAAGAUCAGACGUUGGACGAUGAGGCGAACCAUCAGGAUACCGCUGAUGCUGAGGGGCUGCUAGACUCUCAAAGCACCGUGCCAACCGUGACCCCUCAAACACAUGAGAGUGUGGCUGCCCCUCCACGAUGGACAGAACGGGUCAGUGGGAAGCGGAAGCGUUGUGCGCUUGCAACCGAUGAUGAAGAUGACGCAGAUUAUGUUGAAGUUUCACUUGCACAACGGUGGGGUACUCACUUCAACCACAUCAUGCUUCGCAAUUCAACUAAAGCGGCUGCCGGCCACACACCAUCAGCUAGUGUUGUUGCACAGGAGCUAGCAACAUCAGCCGACCAUUGGGCUGGGCUUCACUCCAAGUGUGGAAAUGUGGCGGUAAUUCCAAGGUGUGUUUCUGAGAAGUGGGGCCCAGAGAAUGCCGUGUACGAACCAAAUUUAUCCGCUCAUUUGGCAUUGCGGAAAUGGCUGGAGACGCAUUGUUCUCCGAAGGAGAUGGAGGCGUAUGUGAGCGGGGCAUCCAACUGGGUCAACGAAUCAUUUCAUUCCCUUGUCAUCAAAUACGCACCGAAGCGUAUACGCUUCCAAUGGAGUAUGGUGCCGAGGAUUGGGCUAUCCGUUCUGCACUGGAACCAUACGGUUUCUCGACUUGUUCGUGCUAUCAAGACACGGGUUCGUAAGCGGACCAGGGUGCGACGUGGAAGCAAGGAGCGCAUAUUGGAAGCCAUGGACUGGUCUUGGGUGGACAAAAUCAUGUCAGAUUGGCGUGACAUUGGUUUGGAGGGAGAUGAUUCCGCACAGGUGGAUGUGCCCGAUGAUUCUGACCCACAGGAUUCCGAUGCUGGUUUCGGGAGCAGUUGUCCUGGAAAUGCUGAUUCUGACCCUCCAACACAACAGCCUGCUGAUGCUGACCGUCCAACACAACAGCCCACUGAUUCUGACCAUCCAACACGGCAGCCUGCUGAUUCUGACCAUCCAACACAACAGCCUGCUCAUUCUGACCACCCAACACAACAGCCUGCUCAUUCUGACCGUCCAACACAACAGCCUGCUGACUCCGCCUCUGCUCAGGCUGUUCCACCAUCCACUCCCCUCUCUCUGCGCAAACAAUCCGCUACUGCCGUCACACCGAACACUCCCCCAAACCCCACCCAUUCCAUCAUCCAACCCCACACCACUAGUGACCCUACCAUUGGGGCCGGUCGUGGAGGGCGGACCCGGUCCAACAACCAUGGUGUCGACCUUCGCAGACCUCUUUUCCGUAUGUGCCCAUACUUGACAUUAUGGUGA